AUGGCAGAGCACCAGGACACAUUACCUUCUCCCGUGGAUGGUCACCCGCAACAACCCCGCUCUUUACCAUCUCAUUCCCCCGACUACAGACACAUAACCUCCGAUAAGGACGAACCGCUAGUCGGAAAGGCCGCGACGAGUGUACAAGCCCCCCGGCCGGCAUGUUUGACAUGGGACCAUCUUCAGGAAGUCGAGAAGGAUCAAACCGUGGAAAGGGGCUCUGGAGCCUCCAACAGCGGCCCGGUGUCGCCAAUCUCACCCAUCUCGCCCAUCUCGCCCAUCUCGCCCAUUAGCUCUUCCGAAGCUUUGCGGACGCCGAACGCCCUAGAACGCCAGAAGUACUCGUGGCAAAGGCAUCCUCAAUCACCCGGGGCUACUUCCCAAUUUUCUCCGCGCCUCUAUUCAUCUGCCUCUCAGAUAUUCGAGCGGGACGUUCAAGAAGAUAUCGUUCCGCCACAAGCAUCGCCCUCGAUUCCCGCGCACAUUCACACGGAAAAUUACAUCCCACCAGUUCUUGAAGCAUCUUCGGCUGCCAUAACCGACGAGCAAUUAAAUCCAGACUCGGUUGAAAUUGUCACACACUCUUUACACCAACCGGCUGCAGCAGGUGUAACUGGCGCCUCAACAGCUGAACAUUCACUUGCGUCCUCUGGUAUUGUUGAUCAUGCCGGACCUGCUCCCACUGAUUCCGAUGAGAUAUCAUCUACAUAUGGUACACUUGAUAUCGAUGUACGACGCUUGAGCUUCAUCUCGUUUGCCGAUGUUGUCAAUGCCGAACAUGCAGAGACCGAGGAAUCUGUUUUUGGCCGAGAGCCGUACCAGGCCGCAUCUGUCCCAAGACAUCUCCCAGCCGCAGGGUCUCUCAACCGUUCUCCAUCACCGCUUCGCUCACCUGCGUCUUCACAUGGGCUUGGCACAUCUCCGCCCACUAGCAUUGCCACGUCUUUCAAGGGAGGGGAGAUGUCUCCCCGUCACACCAACCGUGGUGCGGAUGGCCCCGUCCCGAUGGCCCAAAGUCCCGUCUCCUCUAGCUUUAGUGAACUCAAUAUCGAAACGAUGCGACAGGCAUUGCGAAGAACAGGUAGCGGGGACCUAAGUUGUGUUGCCAGUCACCCAAUUGGUGCUAUUGGGAAUGAUGAACCUUUGGACCGCUCUUUCUAA